AUGUUGAAUCUUUUGGACUUCGUUGGCGAUGAUCGGUUGUCGACCGCAGUUGUCGUGCUGCUGGCCAUCUUGGUGCGCGUUUUGACCGGCCUCGCCUCGUAUUCGGGGGCCGGCGACGCCCCCAAGUACGGAGAUUACGAGGCCCAACGACAUUGGAUGGAACUGACAGUCAAUUUACCAGUAACGGAGUGGUACACGGACUCCCCGGUCAAUAACGCCUCCUACUGGCCACUGGAUUAUCCUCCGUUGUCAGGAUAUCAGAGCUGGUUAUGUGGCAAGGUGUUGAGGGCGGUGGAGCCCGCAUCAGUGGAGCUGGUCAGGUCCCACGGCUACGAGACACCCUCCUCCAAGAUCGCGAUGCGCUGGACAGUCAUAGCAGCGGACCUGCUGGUGUACAUCCCCGCCUGCCUAGCCGCCAUUCAUGUCUUCUACGGUGCCCCUUCCUCACCAUCCGCUGGUUCCUCUUCCGCCACCGCCCACCGCGCCCGCACCCUCGCACUGCUGGCGUUGCUCUUCAGCCCCGCCGCCAUCAUCAUUGACCACGGACACUUUCAGUACAACAACAUCAGUCUUGGUCUGACUUUGGCGGCAGCAGCCGCCAUCGGGUCGGGUCGGCAGCUGCUGGGCGCGGCGCUCUUCUCUGCAGCCCUCAAUCACAAGCAGAUGGCGCUGUUCUUCGCCCCGGGCUUCUUUGCCCACUUGCUGGGCUGGGCGCUGCAUUCGGAGCGGCACCGAGGGGUCCUGGCGGUGGCGAAGUUGGGACUGGUGGUCAUUGCGACGUUUGCGGCCUGCUGGGCGCCGUACCUCUCGUCCAAGGGCGCCGUACUGCAGGUGCUGACGCGGAUCUUUCCCGUACGGCGGGGUCUGUACGAGGAUUACGUGGCCAACUGGUGGUGUGCUUCCUCGCUGUUGAUUAAAUGGAAGUCGAGGUUCUCGGCCCCGGUGUUGCUGCGGGCCGCGGCGGCAGCUACGCUGGCGGCUGCGGCCCCUUCCAUGGCGCAUCAGAUUCUGGGUCGACCUCGGGGAGGAGGGGGGGGUCCCUCCCGCUGGGGCUUCCUGCGCUGCCUGGCGAACUCGGCCUUUGCGUUCUACAUGUUCUCUUACCAGGUCCAUGAGAAAUCCAUUUUGCUGCCCCUGCUGCCGGUGACCCUCCUUGCGGGUCGGGAGCCCUCCCUGGCCACAUGGCUGCCACUGCUGGCAGCUUUGUCCAUGUUCCCGCUGCUGGACAGAGACGGGGUGGCGCUGCCGUACGUGGCGUUGUGUGCACUGUACGGCGCUGUGAUGGCGGGGCCGGCGCUGCACCAUGCGCGGCAGCUGCAACGACUGCAGGUGCGGCGACAUGAUGACACGCACACCUCGCAAGAUGGCGGGGCUGGGAUGUGCAUAUGCGUGUGUGCACAGCAUUACACACUGCAGCCUAGCACAAAGCCUCUCUUUCUUUUUCUUCGGUACAAUUAUUCCAGUCUCGAGAUGUAA